AUGUCAACUGACGAUGGCGGUUGGGUUCCAGAACAUGAAAGUACAGUCAGGACCAAACUGCUACAAAAGGCACGGAAGAGUCCUUUGGUGCCCGUUGGCCUGGUGGGGUUUGUGGUUGUAGCAGCCUAUGGCCUUUACCGAAUGAAGGAAAGAGGGAACAUGAAGAUGUCCAUCCACUUAAUUCACACUCGGGUAGCUGCCCAGGCUUGUGUGGUUGGAGCCAUAACUCUUGGUGCUGUCUGCAGCAUGUACAAAGAGCACUUCACAAAACAGCCUCCCGCUGGACGGCAGCAAUAGACAGGCCGGGGCCAGUCCUGGUUUCUCCCUUUCCUUGAAGGACUCUGAAGACACUUUUGGUCAUCCCAGGAAGGCUGGGAAAUCGAGUCUGUUCUUGCAGAAGAAACAGCACCUGCAAAGUACAUGCCUUCGUUACAGCCGAGCAUUUGUGGAAACACCACUCCCACCUGACA